AGGUUUAAAUCAGCUUUCAACAGGUUCUCUGUGGUGAAUGGAACUGUGACGUAGAUGAUAUUAUAAUUAUUUAUUCAAGCAUAUCGAAUCAUGCUUUAAGUUAGCGAACUCCCUUUGGAUUUAGCAGAUAAUCAUUGCUUCAUUUGAUGGACUCACUGAUCAGUCGUAACAAAAUUGUGAAUAUUAAAACAUAACUGAUGAUGAAAAUGUACAGGAAUAAAUAUGUUCAAUUAUAUGUUUACUUACUUAUAGAGAUAUUUGCUAUGAUUGGUGUUGUAGAAACAGCCUACAGUGCUGCAAAAGAGACAGAAAUUCGCAGCGAAACAGUGCUUGCAGCUUCUUAUGAUCCCGUAUCACGUCCUAAAGAUCAAACCCACGUGAAAGCCGGACUCAAUGUCCUCGCAAUUGACGAGUUGGAUUUGAAAGGACAAAAGUUGACAAUGGCGGGUUGGCUUACAUUUGAAUGGGAGGAUGACAGGACUGUCUGGGAUAAAGCCGCCAAAGAUGAUAUUGAAUAUAUCUUCACUCAACCAAAAUAUAUCUGGAAGCCCGAACUAGUUGUAGACAAUGCACUUCAAGAUCUUGAUAUACUAGCCAAUGAUAAUCUUCUUCUGCGUCUAAAGUAUGAUGGGACAGUGGACUGGGAGCCGCCUCUGUUGUUUGUUACCCACUGUGAGGUUGACAUCACAUAUUAUCCGUAUGACCAACAAAAAUGUGCCAUAGAAAUAGUCAGCUGGACAUACACUAUAGAAGAGGUGAAACUCGAACAUUUGUUUGAAACAGUAAAUCUGGAAGAUUUUGAAACUCACGGAGAAUGGGAGAUAACACGUACAGAAAUUGAAGAUAAAAACCUUACAGAACAUCUGCCUGGCGGAACGGUCAGAGUUUUCCCACAAAUAGACUUCUGGAUUUACCUACGUCGGAGAACUCAGUUUUACAACCUAAAUGUGAUGAUGCCUAUCAUUCUGACGUCACUGAUGGUUGCCUUGGUGUUUAUAGUUCCGGUAGAUUCCGGGGAGAAACUUUCGUACGUUCUCACGGUAUUUCUGGCACUGGCUGUCCUUCUCACCAUUGUCGCAGAUUCAUUGCCGCCAACUUCGAUUACUUUGUCGGUGCUAGGUCUUUACCUCGGCAUCGUGUUGAUCCUGGCUGCGGUUGGUAUAUUGAUAACGAUAUUAAUACUUAUCAUGUUCCAUAGAGAAGGUCAGCCCGACGAAAAUUCUUUCAUCAUCACAUUAACAAGAAACGCGGCAAAAAUUAUUUGCUGGAACUCGUCUGCUUUGAACACGAGAUCAGACGACAAAGUUUCACCAAUGAGAACGUCAGUGAAAACAGCGGAAGUAUGCACCGUGGUGUCAAGUGAUACAAACAAUGACGUCAUGUUUGACGUCACGGAUAAGAAAAGAAGCGCUCAGAACAAUGACAAUUCUGUCGAUGGUACCGAUGAAACCAAUGAAAUCACCUGGAAAAUCAUUGCACAGAUAUUAGACAGAUUCUGUUUCUUUUUCUUUUUGAUUAUAACUGUUAUAAUGAACUUUUCUUUCGUAGUUACACUGGCUACAGGUGGACGUACUAACGGGCACUAAAAUGAUAAUAUUCUUCUGAAAGCUAUUUCUAACUAGAGCCCGGUCUGAACCGUGUGAUGUCCUCCGAAUAGAUUUUUGACACAGGAAAGUACACCUCUUGUAGUUUCAGAGUUAUGUCCCAGGACAAAGUUCAAAGUGCGAUAGUUCCAGAAUUAGGCAACUGUUCUUUGGACUGGACUUCUAAUAAAUAAGAUCUAUCUACCUACAAAGAUUCUUGUUGAUACUUCUUAUGCAUUCCGAGUUAUGUUCCAGACAAAGUUUAAAAUGUAAAAAUUAACAAAGGGCAAUAACUCCAUAACAAGCCAGGGCAGGGUUAUGUUUCUUGUGCACUGCACAUUUACAUAUAAAGAUCUAUCUACCUAAAAAGUUUCAUGUUGAUAUCUCUUAUAGUUUUAGAGUUAUGUCCCGGACAAGAUUUUUCUUAAAGGGUAGAUAAUUCAAAAAAGGGCUUAAAAGAGUUACGGUUCUUUUGUACUUCUACCCAAUGAGAUCUAUCUACCUACAAAGUUUCAUGUUGAUAUCUCUAAUAAUCUAAGAGUUAUGUUCCUGACAAAGUUCAGUGUUAAAAUGAAAAAUGGGCAAUAACUCCAAAAUUAUGCAAAAUAGUUUAGGGUUCUUAUGCACGGCACUUCUACCCAUUGAGAUCUAUUUACCUACAUGUACAUAGUUUCAUGUUGGUAUCUCUUAUAAUUUUAGAGUUAUGUACCGGACAAGAUUAUUCUAAAAGGUGAGAUAAUUCAAAAAUUGGGCAAAACAGGGUUAUGAAUCUUUUGCACUGCACUUCUACCUAAUGACAUCUAUCUACCUACAAAGUUUCAUGCUGAUAUCUCUUAUAAUCUUAAAGUUAUGUUCCGUUCAAAGUGUAAAAUUAAACAAAGGGCAAUAACUCCAAAAAAGGCAAAGCAGAUUAACAAUUCUUACGCACUGCACAUUUACUCAUUAAAUUCUAUCUACCUACAAAGUUUCAUGUUGAUAUCUCUUAUAAUUUUAGAGCUAUGUCCCGACAAGAUUUUUCUUAAAGGGGAGAUAAUUCAAAAAUGGGCUGAACAGAGUUAUGGUUCUUUUGCACUGCACAUCUACCCGAUCUAUCUAUCUGCAAAGUUUCAUGUUGAUAUCUCUUUUAAUUUUAGAGUUAUGUUCUGGACAAAGUUCAAAGUGUUAAAAUGAACAAAGGGCAAUAACUCCAAAAUAAGGCAAGGCAGAGUUACGGUUCUUGUGCACUGCACAGCUACUCAUUGAGAUCUAUAUACCUUCAAAGUCUCUUGUUGAUAUCACAUAUAAUUAUGAGUUAUGUCCCGGAAAAGAUUUUUCUAAAAGGGGAGAUAAUUCAAAAACGGUGUAAAAUAGAGUUAUGGUUCUUUGACACAGCAAUCCGCUUCAAUGCCUUUUACCACUGUGUGAAGGUUAAACAAAUUAUCUCAAAGGGUUUUCAAGUUAUGCUCCGGACAAGACAAUGGCCGGACAGUCAGACAGAAGGACAGACAGACGUACAGACGGACAAGGCGGGGACUAUAUGCUCUCCCUUCGGGGAGUAUAAAAAUGUAUAAUAUUUCUUUAUUUCUUCUUGUUAAAUAGGUGCCAUUUACGGAUCAGGUGCAAUGUUUAUAAUAGGUGAUAUAAAUCAUAGCAUAUUCCUUCUCGACAAAGAUUUUACAUGAAGUGUCAUGGUUACCUUGAC